AUGAUAUACAUAAAUUGUGAACAUGAAAUAGUUAGCAUAAAAGACGAUGAAAUAAAUGAUGAAAAUUAUGGGAUAAUUAAAAAUGUAUUAAAAAAUUAUAAUGCAAAUGUAAAUAGUUGGAUAGAGAUAUGUGCCGCUUUUUACAAAAAAAACAAUUACAAAUUAUUCUUGGAUUUAAUAAAAGAAGGUGAUAAUUUUUUUAGUAAUAAUAAAGAAGGGGAUACAAAAUUUAAUAUAUUGUUAUUGUUAUAUAACUCUGAAAAAAUAAUAAAUGUUAAAAAUUUGAAUAAAGAAAAUGAGUUAAAAAUUAAAUUAGAGAAUUUAAUAAAUCAUGUUGAAAAAAAUAAAAAAAUAAAUAAUACCCAAGAACAAGAUGAUAAUAUAGGGGAAGAAAAGUCUGAAUAUAAUGAAAAGGGAAAAGAUGAUUAUUUGUCUCAUUACUUAACUAAAGGGAUAUACAAUUUUAAUAUAUAUUUAUAUUUAAUAAAUAAAUAUGAUAAUAAAUUUCUUAAAAAAUGUGCCCUUUCAUCUUCUAUACAAAUAAAUCCUAAUGAUACACAAAAUAAUAAAAGCAGUUUUUUAACAGAUAAAUUAACUAAUGAAUAUAUUAAUCCAUUAAAUUAUUUAAUUGAUAGUAUAAACAUAUUUAAAUAUUUAAUACAAAAAAAUAAUUAUGAUUUUAUUUCAUCAAUUUAUUUAUCUUUUGCGCUUUGUUUAAUAUAUAAGCUAGAUCAGUGUAUAGAAUUUUCUUCUCAUGUUUUAUUAAAAAUUAUUAACUUUGAAAUAUUUUUAAAUAAAAAAUUUGAAGAAUAUAAAAAAAAAUCUAACAAUUUUGGAGACCCACAUAGUCAAGAUGAAAACGAAAAUAAUUUAACUCCAGAGAAAGAACAAAAAGGAUGGUUUUCAAAGCUUGUUGGAAAUAAAAAUACACCUAGUCCCUCUCCAAAUAAAAAAAAUCAAGACAUUAGAGAUACAAAGGAAUGCUUACAAAAAUGCAUAAAAUUAAAAAAUUUAUUAAACUUAUUAAAAAUAUUUAAAUCAAUAAUAAAAUGUAUAAUUGGAAUUUGCUAUAUGAAAAAAAAAAAUUUCAGUAUGGCCUCUUACUGUUUUACAACGUCAUUACAACUUUACAGUUUUUGGCCAUCUUAUUUAUUAAACUCAUGGUUAUUAUUAACAAAUUAUAUAAAUAAAGUUGUACAAAAUAAUAGUUUUAUUAAUAUAAAAGACAAGUUAAAUUUUUUAUCAAAUUAUUAUGUUACACAGAAUAAUCCUUAUAAUGAUUAUGUAGACUAUUUAAAAAAAUUAAAUAAAAAAAAAAUAUUAAAAAAUGGCUGUUUAUAUUUUGAAAAUUAUGUACAAUGUCAGAAAAUAAAUGAAAACAAAUGUAGAAUAUUUUUUGAUAAUACACAAAUUGAUUAUCAAAAAGGGAAUAUAAAUAGUAAGGUUGAUGAAAAUGAUGUUAUUUUAUCUCAAGUUGUUACUGUUAGUGGAAAUGAAAAAGAGGAAAAGUGUGUGCAAACAAAAUUCAACAAAUGGAGAGAAUAUACACUAGCUAAUACUGUCAACAAUUUAAGUAGUGUACAUGUAAAAGAUAUAAUAAAUUUAACAUUAUUUUAUUAUUUAAAUUAUAUGAAAGGAACAAUUAUAUUUUAUUCAAAAAUUGAUAAUAAUAUAUGGGAUUGUGAAGAAAAUUAUGAUAUUAAUAAAAAUGAUAUUUAUGAAUAUGAUGAAAUAAUAGAUCCAAUUGAUAAUACAAAUAAAGAAUGUUUAAAAAAUAAAUUUGCACACAUAUUUUUAAAUAAUAAUAUGAUUUCAAUGUAUUUAGAUUUAUGUGAAUUUUGGCUAGCUCAAGGAAAUAAAAAAGCUAUUAUUUUAUUAAAAAUAAUAAAAGAAAAAAUAAAUUUUAACUAUGUUAAUAAAAAACAAUUAAGUAAGUAUUAUUUACUUAUUGGCAUAUAUUUUCAUAUAAUAAAAAAUAUGAAAAGAGCACUAAAAUAUUAUCGUAAAAGUUUUAUUAUUAAUAAGAAUUAUUUAAAUCUAUAUUAUUAUACUCUUUCGUAUAUAUAUUUAAAAAAAUAUAAUAAAGCAAAAAAAUAUAUAUUAUAUGCUUAUAGUAAAUACAAAAAUGUAUAUUUUAUAAAAUUAUAUGCAUAUUUUUAUAUACACACAGCUAAUAUUUAUUUAAAUUAUAAUGUUAUUAUUAAUAAACAAAAUGAUGCAACUUUAAGAGAUAAUAAUCCUGUGCUGAAAAAAGGUGGAAGUACCUUGGACGAAGUAUAUCAGCAUAAGCCUUUUGUAGAAAAUUCACACAUAUGUAAUAAAUUUAUAAAAAGUGACAUGAACAAUGAAAACAUUAAAGUAACAGUAAACAUGUUAGACAACAUAUUGAACAUCCUAAAUAAAUAUGACAACUUAUUUAUUAAAGAUAUAGACAUAACUUUAAUGAAAGCCAAAAUUUAUGAACUAUUAUUAACAAAAUAUAAUGAUGAAAAUAUAAAAGCUUAUUUUAAUUUGUUAAAUGAUAUUCCAGAUAUUAAAAAUUUCUUUUUCAAAAAAAAUAAAACAUAUAAAAUAUCUUAUGAAUUAAUUAAUAAUUAUAUUGUUGCAUUAUUUUAUUGUGAUUAUAAAGAAAAAAGUUUACAGUUGAUGGAAUUACUAAAAAAGGAAAUUUUUUUUAAAAUAAAAAAGUUUUAUACAUAUUAUGUAUACGUUUUUUGCAAAGAUGAUUUGAAUAGUCCCACCACCGAAAACACACAAAAAAGAGGAACAAAAAUAGACAAGUACUGGAAUAAAAUUGUAGAAAAUGAAAAGUUGAGACAUAAUUCGGGUCAUAACAUUAACAAAAAUAGGAAAAUAUCUAGCGAAGGACCUAAAAAAAAUAAAAAAAAUGAUAGCAUUAGUAAGGGUAGUAAUAUGACCAAUGGAAUAGUAACAAGUUUGGAAAAAAAAAGAAUUGUUAAAGAAAAUAAAAUUAAGUUGAAGUACAUUAAAGAAAUGCUAAAAUGUGAAAGAGUAUUUAAAGUGCGUGAAAAUUUGUUAAGUAAUAUGGGAUUUAUUAAUAGAACCUCUCAAAGUGAUACACGUAUUAACAAUAGUGGCAAAAUAAAUGUAUACGAGAAACAGUCAAAGAAAGAAAGAUGUCGAAAUAUAAUUAAUUAUUUAAAAAAAAUAUAUAUCACUAUAAAUUUUAACACUUCUGUACUGUUGGAAUAUAAUGGGUAUUCUUAUAUAUCAACAAGUAUUUAUAAAAUAUUUACAAAAAUAUAUAUAAAUUAUGAAAGUGCUUACAUUAGGCUUGCAAAUAUUUAUAUAAGAAAUAAAAAUUAUGCAAAAGCUAAGGAUGUAAUAGCUAAAGGACUAAAAUAUAAUAAUAACUCAGUCCAAUUAAAUUUAUUAAAAGUAUAUUUACAUAUUAAAAGAAAACAUUAUGAUUAUAGCAUAUAUUCAUUGGAUAAGUUAAAAAAAUCAAAACAAAACAAAAACAAUGAUUUUAUCAAAAAUGAAAACGAAAAAGAUGAUAAUCUUCAGAACGAAAAUUCUUCAGCAGACACAUUAAUAAAUACAUAUUUAGCUAUAAUUAAAUUUUACAAAAUAAAGGAUUGUAAAAGUAAAUCAGAAAAAACGUUUUUAUUAAAUGAAAUAUAUAAUUUAAUAAAUAUAUUAACAGAAAAUAAUAAAAAUAAUUUUUAUAUAGCGAAUUUAAUAUCUGUUUUGUUAAGUAUAAAUAAUAAUUAUGAAGUAUCAUGUGAAUCUUUUCAAUGUUUAAUAGAUUCCUAUAAUAAAUUAUCAUAUUUUUAUAUUUCAAGUUUAAAAAAUUUAGUUCUACAUAUGUUUAAUCAUAUAAUUAGAAAUAAUAAUAUAAUAAAUAAUAAAUUAUUUGUAAAUAAGCUAAAUUUAUUUUUUAAUUUAACUAUCAAAAAUGGAGUUAGCGAUAAAAAAUUUUAUUUAUGUUAUUCAAAUUUUUUACAUAUAUUAGAUAGAUAUGAAGAAUCUAUAAAUUUAUUAUAUGAAGCUUAUCAAAAAUGGCCAUAUGAUAUAUCCUUAUUAAAUACCCUUAUAAUCUGUAUUGAUUCAUGUGUUUCAAAGUAUUUAAGCUCAGAUUAUGUUGAUUUAAAAAAUAUAUUAUUUAUGAAGGAUUUAAUUUAUUUUUCCUUUUAUAUAAUAUACACACUAUUACAUUUCAAGCAUUUCGCAAUGCAUUCGACACUCAUUUCAUCUGAUAAUAAAUUUAACUAUUACAAAGAAGAUGAUUACAUAAUUGAAAUAAAAAAGAAGGAUUUGGAAAAUAUCGCAAGCCGAAAGUAUUUAAUAAUGGCGUAUAAAAAAUUCGAUGAAAAAAUAAAUCCUUACAUUGAAAGCAGUCUACCAAGUAUGUUAAAGCAAAAAAAAAUGCUUCAUUUGAGAAAAAUAAAUAUACACAAAAAAAUAUAUGAAGAAAAAAAAAGAAAGCAAAUGAGCUUUAUGAAUAAAACAAAACGUCAGGAAUCUCUACAUGAAGAAUUGUUAAAGGAUGUAAAUGAUUUGAGUUAUCACCUGUCUGGCCAGGUAGAAAUUAAUAAAGACGAUGAAGAGAAUAAGCUAGCUAAUAUCGAAUUUAGCAAUAAUGAGCCUAAUAUGGAAAAAAAUUUAAUGAAAAAUGCUGCAAAUGGCAAAAAAUAUUAUGAUGAUGAUGCCGAAGCUGAGGGUUCGUCUUCUGAUAGUUCGGACUUGUUUGAGGAAAAAAAACCAAAAAAAAGAAAAAUUGACACUGACAAAUAA